GUAUAAUUCGUGUAUGGGACCUAAAUAAAUCCAAGGAAAUCUUCGUCCAAACAAACUCCAUUGUCUCCAAAGCAUCAGAAGAAGGUGGUUUGGCAGUAACCCAUCUGAUUCACAACAAAAAGUUGCAAAGUAUAGCAGUCGUCACUGUAGAGCACAACAUUGUCGUUUACCAUAUGAAAUCUUUUGUAUGCCUUAAGCAGCUGAUAGGAUUCUCAGAUGAAAUUUUGGAUAUAGCCAUUUUGGGCCAGGAACAUAGCCAUAUAGCUGUGGCUACAAAUUCUAAAGACAUAAAACUUUAUAGCGAUAGUUCGAUGAACUGCCAACUUCUGAAAGGACACGAGGAUUUGGUACUUUCGUUGAAUGUCAGUCCGGUAGACAAGGAUUUAAUGGUGUCAUCCGGGAAGGAUAAUAGUGUAAGACUAUGGAGGUUUGAUGGGACAACUGUAAGCUGUAUUGGAUCGAGCAAAAGGCACACCGGUUCAGUAGUCUCAGUCUCAUUCUUCUCCACCUCUAGUACCUUCUUUGUGUCCGCUAGUCAAGACACUUGCCUGAAACUGUGGGAAAUUCCCCAAAAAGAAUCGAAAAAAGUCCCGAAACUAGAACAAAAUGAAAAUACCGCCCAAUUGAAUUGUAAACAGACCGUGAUCGCGCAUCAGAAAGACAUAAAUUGCGUCACGGUUAGUCCGAACGAUAAGAUUGUAGCCAGCGCUUCACAAGAUAAAACGGUGAAGUUGUGGAGUAGCGACGGUUUGGAGUUGACUGGGGUGUUGAAGGGGCAUAAGAGAGGUGUAUGGAGUGUUAGAUUUUCUCCUGUAGAUCAAGUGGUGGUGACCUCAUCAGCUGACUGCACUAUUAAGUUAUGGUCUGUAGCUAACCAUAGUUGCUUGAAGACCCUAGAGGGGCACGAAUCCAGCGUGCUUAAAGCUGAGUUUUUAUCCAACGGUUUGCAAAUUUUAAGUGCCGGCGCAGACGGUCUCAUCAAAGUCUUUAACAUUAAAAAUUCCGAAUGUCAGUGUACCAUGGACCAGCACGAAGGCAGAAUAUGGGCUUUGGCCCUAAAAAGCGACCAGUCAGGUUUUAUUACGGGCGGAAGUGAUUCCUUCCUGAUUAAAUGGAAAGACGUCACUGAAGAGCGGAAGUUGGAACGUCAAACGCAACAAGCAGAACUAGCCCGAGAAGAACAAAAAUUAAGCAACUAUAUACAGAGUGAUCAGCUGUUAAAGGCCCUUAAGUUAGCCUUGAAACUAGAAAGGCCUUUGCAAACUUUAAAGAUAAUACAGGGAGUUAUCAAGAAGGGAGAAACCGGUUUAUCCGAUACGAUCAAGUCUUUAAGGAACGACCAUAAAGAAAGUUUGUUAAAUUGCGCCUUACAUUGGAACACCAAUAGCAGAAACUGUCAUCCCGCCCAAUUGGUUUUGAAUAUUUUGUUAAACGAACUUCAAACUGGGGAAUUCAGACCCACGGGAUUAAGCAAAAUAACCGAGAGUGCGUUGCCGUACACCGAAAGGCAUUUUAAGAGGCUGACCCAGAUGAUGCAAGACAUUAAUUUGUUGACUUACACUGUUAAUUGUAUGCAACCACACGCUAGAAGUGUAGACAUUAAUGUUGGGCAAUAAAAAAUGAGUAUUAUUUUUAAA